UGAUGAUCCGGUGGUAGUCCAUAAAAUAUAUCAAUGGUUUUCUUGUGUCUUACAGGUUUCAGAAUAUAUCUUGGUGCUGAGUGGCAGAAGCUGGAAUCUCCUGGCAUGAAAGAGGAUGUUGAGCUCCUCCAUAUCAAAGAGGAGGAGGAGCCAGAGAACUGUCAACAGAAGGAGAGAGAAGAGCAAGUUCCAAUCAAAAAGGAGGAGGGCCUGCCAUGUGUUAAAGAGGAGGAAGGUAUCACCAGGCCGACUGGUGAGCCGUUGAAAAGUGAAGAUGGUCUGAGUGAGGUCAGCAGAGGUAUGGAGCCUCUGAGAGGCAGCAGCAGCUCAACAGAAAGAUUGCAAGCAGACAUUUUCAUCGCUCCAUCAGACAGAAAUAGUGCCACAUUGUACUCGCCUUUCAAUGAUGAUAACCAUAAGAAAUCUCAACGUAACGACAAACUCUGCCACUGCCCUCAGCGUGGGAAAACCUUGGCUGGAAACUACACUUGUCUUUGGCAUAUGAGGAGCCACACUGGCGAAAAACCUUUUUCUUGCUCAGUUUGUGGUCAAAGAUUCGCUCGUAAGUACCACUUAAAACAGCACACAAGAACCCACACUGUAGACAAACCGUUUUCCUGCUCAGUUUGUGGCCAAAGAUUCACUCAGAAGGACUACUUAACAAAACACUCAAUAACCCAUACUGGUGAAAAACCUUUUUCCUGCUCAGUUUGUCGCCAAAGCCUCAGUCUGAAGAGCACCUUAAACAGACACACAAGAACGCACACUGGAGACAAACCUUUUCCCUGCUCAGUUUGUGGCCAAAGAUUUGCUGAGAAGGACUACUUAACGAAACACUCUAGAACCCAUACUGGUGAAAAACCUUUUUCCUGCACAGUUUGUGGCCAAAGCUUCGGUCUCAAGAGCACCUUAAACAGGCACACAAGAACCCACACUGGCGAAAAAGCUUUUUCCUGCUCAUUUUGUGGUCAAGGAUUCAGUCAAAAGAGCGCCUUAAACAUGCACACAAGAAUCCACACUGGCGAAAAACCUUUUUCCUGCUCAGAUUGCGGUCAAGGAUUUAUUCAGAAGAUCACCUUGGAUAUACAUACAAGAACCCACACUGGUGAAAAACCUUUUUCCUGCUCAGUUUGUGGUCAAAGAUUCGCUCAUAAGCACAACUUAAAAAAACACACAAGAACCCACACUGAAUACAAAGCUUUUUCCUGCUCAGUUUGUGGUGGAGGAUUCAUUCAGAAGGAUCGGAUGAAAAGGCACACGUGUGUCGGUGUAAGAAGCCGUGGCCAAUAACUGUAUUGCCUGCCUUCCAUGCUGGCUUCAUUUGGUUGUGCCCACAGGACGAUUGUAUUCUGUAGAGUUACUCAAAUGCUGCUGAAGAUUGGCAUUUUUUGGUGCUUUACAUGUGCUUUGUCCAACCCUUGUAUGAUGAGCAUCCACACUGUUGCCAAAAAUAUUGUCUGACCCGAAUUAACUGUCAAGUUAAAGCGCCUGUGACAGCAUAAAAAACAUCAUAAAUAGCAUUAUUAUGUGAAUUAAAAUCAUAUUUUGGGACAAUUUGACUAUAUACAGUACAACAAUUUGUCAAAGCGCAGAUGACGAGAAAUUAGUCUUUUAUUCUGCUGUUUAGCCUCACCUGUCAUUAUAGCACUCCAGCGUCCCCAACUGGAUGAUGACAUCGGCAGGUCACGAAUACAGCAGGUUUAGAAUUCAACCCAUUGACGGGGAAGAUUCAGAACGAGUAAAAUGCGACACAGAGCAGCAAAAUGUCAGGAGUGUUGCGAUCUCUCUGCUCUAAUAUUUUUACAGGAUAUUCUUUUUAUCUAAGUAUUUUUCCCCAAUUGCUAAAUAAAUGGGAUGGUCAAUGACAAAUAAGAGUCUUGUACUCAAUGGAAUAUGAAAUAUUUAAAAUGCAUUUAUUCAGUACGACAGGGCAAAAUUACUCCAUAAUGGUCAACACUGCCGACUUCUUAAAACCUCCUGAAUGGUAUUUUAUGCCACCGGAGUUAGUCCGGCUUUUGUCAUUUCCCUGCCCCGGCUUCGGAGACGGAGGAAAGAGCGUAAACAAAACAGAAGGCGUGACAGCUAGCCGACAUGCUAACCUGAACCGAGCAGCGUUUCCAAGUCUUUUUCUCGCCUUUCAAAAAUGAAAAGAGAAAGUGAGAGAGAGGUGUGCAGUUCUGCUGUGCAGCUAACAUGACCGGAUGUGUCUGAGCAGAACUUUUCGACUUGUCCGUCCAUGAUCAAAUGUAGGUAAAUAUUCCUUUAUCUAAAGUUUGUAGUGUUUACUUUGUAACCACUGUAUUCGUGGCCAUUUUUAACAAAGUUGCAAUUUCCGAUGGGGUGAAAAACACAAUUUGACAGUACACUGGUGGCGAGUAAGUUACGGCUCGUCUUUCUGCUGAGGCCUCAGCGCGCAGGCAGAGAGGGGAAUGAACGUCGAAAAUAGCACAGUCUCGGUGGACAAACCAGUUGACGUCAGAGCGGGGCGCUGCUCCGGGCAAAGCCAAGGAAAGUGCUAUGGGGGCGGGCACACGAUGAGGUAGGGGAUUGUGCGACAAUCUGCCGGUCAUUGGCCAUGUGGCCUUCUCGGUGGACAGGGAGUAUUGUCACCCACAAAAUGCAAGCCAUGAUCCCAGUGUUUGACAUAAUACAAAAAACGUAAUUUAGUCACUUCUCCGUCGGUCCAAUGGUCCCACAGUUGCCGGACUUGUUUUGGCCAUUCUCUGCGCGGUGAAUGCCAUCUUUUUGAAACCCAAAAAAGCUCACACGCCUCUUCCUGGUGCAGCAACAAACGCCUGCAGCACAUUGGGCUGGCGUGAUGCGAAAAAUAAACGAAUUAAACCGCAAAAUCAGCUAAAUCUGCAGCCCUUCUACAUGCUAUGUUUAAUGGCUGUAUUGUGAGAUGGUGACCCGUGUGAUGUCACUUUCGCAUUCUUCCUCAAUCCAGGAAGUCACUCAUUUUCAUGGUGCGGGAUUGAAAAAAUUGAAUAUGUAAAUCGAUCGCUUCUACACACAUCCAAGCGGUCCAUUUCAUUCAUGAGCAAAAAAUUCAGUGUGAAAUAUGAAAUAAACAUGCUUUUUGCUGUCAGAGACACUUUAAGUGCCAUUAUUUGUACAAUACUGUCCCUCUUUCAAACUACUUAUUAUUAUUGGAAAAAGUAUACCCCAAAUUACAAAAAUUCUAAAUCAUUCAUCAAUAAUGUCAUUAUAUAAAUACGGAAAGGUAUGAUAUAUUGUUCAAGAUUGCAAAAAUAAUAAUAAAAAAAAAUACUGGCCCACAAAUUAGUUUUUUGUGGUGGGAUUAAAUAUCAUUUUUAAAAAAUUACUAUUAGUACUUGUGAUUGACAUUGACAUAUUA